AUGUACUCCACAGAAAGAUACUAUCAAAGCCAACAGCUUUCUCAUAAUAUAUGUCAGGAUUCUCUCCGAGUUCGACGGAAGGCUGCGCCUACGUCGCUCAGUGUCAAGAACCAUGAGCGAUUUUACCCUGACAAGACCUUCGUCCAACGACGACUAUCAAACUCGACCGAUUUUGAUGAUACCGAUAUUGAAACAAGCGAUUCUGAUGAGGAAUCGCUCCGACAAAGUCUACAAUCGAUUUCGUACGAUAGUAAUACCUCCAUCUCGACGCCAGAACUCCCCAGCCCGGAAAAUGCUCCUAACUUGAAGGGCAUGGUGAACAUUCACAUCGAUAACUCGAUGGUACAGGGCCCUGAUGGACCCCACCUAUUCAGAAAUUCCCGCGGCUCGUCCCUAUACGAGCCAUCGACUGCAGAGAUAGAUCUCUACUUCGAGCGAUCCCCACUGCAGUCCGAAUUCUCUCGGUCGGUGGAUACACCUAAACGCUUCCCCUUCUCUCCAAAGACUCCAAAAGCCUUGACAACUGUACAUCCCGAUGUGUCACACGUGAGUGAAGAAGAGAUUAGGACAUGGAAGCCAAACCAGGUUGCACACUGGCUACACAUUGCUGGCUACAACGAUGCUGUGAUCGAGAAGUUUCUGCUUAACGAUAUCACCGGUACUGUCUUGCUUAGCAUACAGACCGAUGACUUAAAAGAGCUGAGCAUCCACUCAUUCGGCAUGCGCCACCAGAUCAUGGCUUCAAUUGACCACCUGAAGAACACAAUGUCAACAGUGCCUCCCGUGCCUCCUACCCCGGAGUCAUUCAUGACCCAGUCGACGGAUCGGAGACCAGAUCAGAGACAACCGCUUGUUGGCCGUUCAUCUCCCAGAAACUCUUCGCCCAGAGACUCCUCAGAUGAGGAAUCGCCUCAGCGACGCUCAUAUGCGAUGUCCGUUUCCCCGAACGGCGAAAUUCUGUCCAACCAUGUCUUCGGGAGCAACAUUACCCCUGGAGAGUCUGUCUCGAUCGUGGGUAUUGAGCAGCGCCUCCCCAAGCCUCAUAACUGCUCUCGGGGCGAUAAAUGCUCCAAGUUCCGGAAAUACCAACGCCAGCUUGACCAGAUCUUUGCCGAACAUCCCAAUGCUGUUCUUCAUGACGGUAUGAUCAUUAUCGGAAGCCCUGGUAAUCCCGAAACCGCACGAGACUUGCUGCGUCCAAAAUCCAACAGCGAACCUUCAGUGGUAGCCUCUUCAGAUAUAUUCGGUCCAGCUCCAGGGCCUCAACUUUCAGAGGCAGCGCUCAAUGGGAUUCAAAAGCUGGACCCUCAGGAAACUAUUCGCAACUUCCUGACUUAUCAGCAUGUCGGCAAGCACCCAAAUGUCCCAAUGCUAGAUACAUGCAAUCUGCCUCCCCAAGAAGAGCCUUUCGCUGGACUCACCCCUCCGAAUGUUCAACCUAACGCCAUGGCUGCCAACCUGCGCAGCUUGCCCAAGUUGACCAUUCCAACCAGCCCCAACACAGAGGAUAUGACCACCGCUGUGACAUCCAACCGCUCCAUGACCCCGACGCGGGCUUCUCAGGCGUACGGAUCCCCGACCGCAGUCCAGCAAUAUGGUCCUUUCACUCAGGCUCGGAACAUUGACGUCUAUCGUCAUGGCACACCCUUCACAGAGGUUGAUGUCCCCAUCACAGCAAUUCCCACCGGGCCCAUCGCUCGCGAUGCCUCUCAAUCUGUUCCCCCCGACAUGCAGUACGGAACCCUUUUCCCUCCCUACCGGGACCCCAUCAUGCGCAGUGCCUCCACUCGCCCUCCAAACAACCCAGCUCUUCGCCGAGUCCGUGAGGAUCGACCCCUGAGCCCGAUCGAAUCCCCAGAGGAUCUGAUUCGAAGCCCUCGUCAGCGACCUCACGCGCACACUGUCUCUCACGCCUCCUCGCUCGCUUCCGACCCAGACGUCAUCCACAGCGGCUAUCUCAAGCACAAGAAGAACCGCUUCCUCCGCAGUGAGUGGAAAGAUGCCCACGUCACUCUGCGUGACACCAAAGUGGCUCUGCACGAGCGUGAGCAAGAUGCACACCGCAUCUCACGCGCCCUGGAUGUGAUUGAUGUGGAUGACUACGCUGUUGCGUGCUCAUCGCUAGCAUCAAGCUCCAAGGUCACAGCUGCUUUCAAGCGCAGCAUCAUGCGCAAGCAGGACAGAAUGCCAAAUGGGCCUGAGGGCAACGCUUUCCAAUUUUCAUUCAUCCCUGCACACAAGGACGGUGACAGGAAGGCUCUGUUCAGCAAGAAUGCUCUCCCAAGACACGAUUUUGUCGAUAACACUGCCGACGGGCGUGGCGAGUGGGUUCGAAAGCUUUUGCUUGCGAAAGCUGAGAAGCGAGCUCGCGACAAUGGUGAGAAGAUGCUCGUGAAUGGAUACAACGUCAUCUAA